CAGCAAGGCAGCAACCCACUCUCAUCACUUGGUCUCCUAUCGACAGAGAGGAAAUGCCGCCACUGUUCAUCUCCGAGCACGCAGCCAGUGCUGCUCCCCUCCCUUGGGCAUCGCUGCUGCCCCGCUUGGGCGCUCCGGUUCCAGACGUCGCUGGUCGGCCACCCGCUCCCCUCUGGCCCACUAUUUCCCCUCGCCAUCUGCCCCCCGCUCCCCAUUUCUUGUCCCCUGUUGGCUGUGGCUGAGACGCCGACGCCAGCUAGGCAGCCGCACAGCCCCCUCCCCUCGCCGGCUCACCUCCAAUCUGCUUGGCCUCCGCAGUCUGCACCAUCGCUCCCUCCGCCGCGGCGCUAGACAGAUGUGCAUUUGGAUCUGAGCCUGGACUCGUAUUCAUAUGGGUAUUGGAGAUGUAUGCUGACUAAAAUAAUCUGGCCGUUGGCAGCAUUAAAUGCGGACACUGCCGUUUAGCUAAGGCGGAACAGAAUUCACGCAAAUGGCUCACGCGUUUUCCUGUCCCAUACCGAGCCGUCACCGUCGACGGAUGGCUGUAACAGCCUUUUGCCACUUCCAGAUCAAACCUGCCAACCAAGCAGGGUUCAGGGUAACACCGGCAAUCCAUAUCACAUGGUUCCGGAAGUGUCAAUGGAUUUCGCCAACCACCUUCCACAGCAGUACCCAAAACUGGUAGCAGACGAGGUCAUGAUGAUCCUGAAGCAGCAAAACACCAGAGCAACAAGGCAGAUGUCACAAAUGAAGAAUGCAAUGCAGUUGGACAUGUUCAAGUUUGCUGACCAGCUUUUCAAGUCACUGCAAGGGCGAUUUGUCGAGCACGCGGGUUCACUGAUUGCCCUGUAUGAGGUAAUGUUUUUGAUCUAGUCUCGUCCAAAUGAAUAUUAGGUACCCUCUCCUGUUUGCUAACAAAUGUCUUUUGACUAAUGUAUGCACCUGCUGGCACGCCGAAUCCUGCGGCUUUCAACGCGCCUGCUGUGCAGAAGAUUCAUGGUCAUAGGCUGGAACUAUCAGAUUGCGGAGUUCCUUCUCAUUGGCUGGUUGUCUAGUAACUUCUACUUCGACAUCAUGGGCAAUGAUGAUGAUAUGAAGUCAGUCAUUGGUCGCAUAUCUCCGUCAGCCCGUACAAGUCUAUGGGAUGGUGUGAUCCAACUUAAGAGCAUCGCGGUGUUUGUGCUCGCUUUCUUUAGAAGUGGGGAAAAAAUUCAAGAUAUUGUCUGGCCGAAAACCAUAGAAAUCGAAAGAAGAGUGAAAUGGGGGGAUUUUAAAAAAUUCCUCAAGGAUCUUCGUCACUCUCAAAACCGGUCGAUAAUGGUAAUUUCUCUGUGCUUGAAUGCCGAGUCUUCGAAAGAUGGCUUAGAGGGAAUGAAGGAGGUUGCAAAGAUGUUAAAAGUGAACAAAAGAAUUGGUUUAGCAACAAUAGAAGAUGAUACAUGUAUUUAUGUAUGUCCCGGACAGAAGGAGAUAAUAACAGUCCUUCAAAAAUAUGGUUUCUGGAAAGGCGCGUCAACAGUCCAUACAAACCAAGACUCUUUAAUCGGUUUUGUUGUACGGGACCGAAGAUCACCGGUAAACACAAGCAAGGGAGAGAUAAGCAUUGACAAAAUACAAGAAAUUGGGUUUACUCAUGUGGAAGCACAACAAGUGAUAUAUGAUCAACGAUCAUACCCUGUUCACCCUCUUCAUGUUCCAGUAGAUGAUGGCAUAUAUUUUCGGCGUCCUCCUCUGGUACUAGCAGAGCAAGGUGCAUAUCGUCCAUAUCCUCCUCCUGGACUAAUAAGUCAUGACUUUCAUGCUCGGCAUCCUCCUCCUGGACUACCAGGUCAAGGGUUACAUCCUCGACAUCCUCCUCAUGCCCCAGAAUGUCAAGACGUCUUUCACUCGCAUGCUCCUUGCGCAAGAGACCAAGGUUUCAUUUCCCAUCGUCCUCCCAAUUUUGCACCAGGAUAUUUGAGGCCCUCAACUGGUCAUGGAAACAACAAUGGUUCACUACACUUGAGGCCACCUAGUGGUUCUGCUUCUGGUCGUGUGUGGCCUCCCAUGUCGCACCCAAGGUCUGGGAACGAUCUUUAUGGUUUUGAAAGAUCGAAAGGUUUCUCUCGCUCUAGCUCCACAUAUUACUCUAGAUACGACAAUGGCUCAGGUAGCAGGCCUCGCAACUAAAGUCAAUGAUGAAAGCGUAGCCUUGUCCCAGACAACAUUCUGAAUGAUUUAUCUUAGAUUGGUGUAUUCGGAAGUACAAGCCAGACACCAAGACAUGGAUUCUUGUUUCCUUUUCCUUUUCGACCAGUUACUCCCAAUAUCUGCAGAACAGAAUUCUUGAUGUGUACAAUGAUGUAUUACUAUGUACCAACUGGCAUUGCUGCAUGUAUCUUAAGAUUUGGUGCUCAAUGAUGUUAUUA